AGCGACCGGGAAAUGGGUCGCGCCACGGAAGAUAUCACGAAACUGUGUGAAGCCGUUCCUCCGGAUUUAGCAGAGCUCAUUCGAAAAUACCCCGAGAUUUUCCCGGACGACCUACCCGCCGGACUUCCGCCGAGCCGACCCGAAGACCAUCGCAUCGAGCUGGAACCAGGCGCACAACCGACAGUACAGCAACAAUUUCGGCUCAGCCAACCGGAACUCGAAGAAUUGCAGCAGCAAUUAGAUUACCUCCUGUCGAAAGGCUUUAUCCGACCCAGCACGUCCCCAUACGCCGCCCCGAUACUGUUCACACCGAAAAAAGAUGGAGGAUUCCGCAUGUGCAUCGACUACCGCGCGCUCAACCGGAUCACCAUCAAGUCCCGUUACCCGAUCCCGCGAGCCGACGAUCUCCUCGACCAACUUCGCGGAGCCAAGUUCUUCUCGAAAAUCGACCUGCGAGGAGGUUACCAUCAAAUUCGCGUCGCCGCCGACAAUUGUCACAAAACCGCUUUCCGAACCCGCUACGGCAGUUACGAAUACCUGGUGAUGCCCUUUGGCCUCACGAACGCGCCCUCGACUUUUCAGAUGACCAUGAACGGUGUUUUCCGCGAACUCCUGGAUAAAUGCGUAAUUAUCUACCUCGACGACAUCCUAAUCUACAGCCGCAACAGGGAGCAGCACUUAAAGGAUCUUGAUGCAGUCUUCACGCUGCUGCACAAGAAUCGCCUCAUCACGAAAGGAUCUAAGAGUGAAAUCGACCCCAAGAAAAUCAAGACUAUACAGGAAUGGAAGCCGCCGACCAACCUCAAAGAACUGCAGAGUUUUCUGGGUUUCGUCAACUACGUCCGCCGCUUCAUCCCCAAUAUGGCUGGGUUAUCUGCUCCACUAACUGACCGACUGAAGGAUCACGACUGUUUUUGGUGGGGAGAGAAGCAGCAAAAUGCAUUCGACCAACUCAAAAUCGCCCUCACGUCGCCACCCGUACUUCACAUCUCCGAUCUCGACCGUCCAUACGAAGUCGUCACCGACGCCAGCGACAUCGCCAUCGGUGCAGUUCUCCUCCAGGACUUUGGCGACGGGUUACAACCAGUUGCCUACGAAUCACGGAAGCUGCAUGGCGCAGAAAAGAAUUAUACAGUACACGACAAGGAAAUGUUGGCGAUCGUCCACGCGUUCAAGACCUGGCGGUGCUACCUGACCGGAGCUGAUGUCACGGUGCGGACGGACCACAAAUCCUUACAGUAUCUGCGCGCCCAACCGAACCUCAACCCGCGACAGAUCCGAUCGCUCGAUUUCCUCGAGUCCAACUUCCACUACACCAUCACCUACAAACGGGGUGCCACUAAUAUCGCCGAUGCCUUGACCCGCCCUACUGUCCAUACCGCCGUGAUACUAAUCGCCCAGACCAACCCAUUACUUACGGGACUAUUCACCCACGGCUACAAGAUCGAUCACUUUUUCCGCUCAAUGGCCGACGACGUGCGCAAGUACGUGUCCUCCUACACUGCCUGCCAUAUUAUAAAAUCGUCGCAUCAGCGCGCAGCCGGACUACUACAGCCGUUGGAUCCGCCCGAGCGACCCUGGCAACAAGUCACGAUGGACUACGUGACAGGACUACCGGCCGGUCCCAGCGGAAACGAUGCCAUCCUCGUGGUCGUUGACCGACUCACGAAAAUGGCGCACUUCAUCACCUGCCAACAGACAAUCACCGCCGAACAAACCGCGCAACUGUUCCUCACGAACGUCAUCCGACUGCACGGACUACCCUCCGCCAUCAUUUCAGAUCGAGACCCGAAAUUCACAUCGAAUUUUUGGCGCCACCUAUGGGACCAAUUCGGCACCAAACUCCAAUUUUCAUCCGCCUACCACCCACAGACCGACGGGCAGACCGAACGCGUCAACCAGACCAUGGAGCAACUGAUUCGUACUACCUGUACUGACCCAUCGACAUGGGAGAAAUCCCUUCCGCUGUUCGAAUUCGGGUAUAAUAACGCGACCUCAGCCACAACCAACCAAUCUCCAUUCUUCCUCAACUACGGACAGGACCCAGUCGUACCCUCUACAACGACAAUCGAGCCAAUCUAGGGAGACAUAAAAAUGCUACACAUUU